CCUUGGGGUACUGAGGAGAGGGAUGAAUCACAAUGAACCUGAACUUGCCCCUUCGGGCAACAGGAGAGGAGUCAGUCUGGAGUGCACAGAGCAGGGAAGAUGCUCCUUGCCCAAGUGAAGUCCCUGGGUUAGAGGGUCCUCCUCACAGGAUCUUCUCUGGGCCCCACCUAGAGGGCCCAGAGGGCUGGAGAGAGAUGAACACCGUCCAAGGAGAGACCAGGCCCAAAGUCUCGCGGGAACCAACAAAGAAGGCCAGCAGAAAGCAUCUACAACAUUCAACAUCGAUUCACUCCAUAAGAGACAGUUCCUCAGACUGCAGCUGUGACUCACCUCGCUGUUCUUUUUGCUCUGAUCAUCCAGACCUCUGGAAAGCGGUGCUUUUUGUCUCAGAAGUUCCAGUUACUGUAUCCUCAGGAAUUACCUUCUCCAGGAACCUUGUGAAGACUGUGCUGCUGAACCAUCUCCCAAUGAGUUCCCUGAAUGCCAAUGCUAGUACAUCUACUAUGGCCAAGAAUUCCAAAGUGUCAAAGAACAGGCAAACUGUGAAGCUCAAACCAGCUCUUAUCACCAGAUGCUCAGAUGAUGCAUCAGGACCCCAGAAACGGUUCCACCCAUUUCGGGUGCGCUUCGCAGAUGAGAGCCCCAAGGACAUGGCAUUGCGAUACUGGGAGAGAAACUAUGAGUUUCAGAGAAGCCUCCUCAAGAGCCCAACAUCAUGUAAGUCCCCAGAACAGAUAUCAGGGAAACUGGGGAUUUGGAUGGAGAAAGCCCCACGGAGUGGAUCUCAGCAGACAAACACGUGGCGAGAUGAAUUCCUUUGUGCUGGGAGAUUGGACACCUUGCCCAUGUCCUUCCAGGAGCUGUCUGCUGAUAAUCUAAAGAAGAACUCCACCUACAGCUCUCUGCAUACCAGCCCAUUGGCCAGCCUUGACUUCUGUGGUACCAGGCCAUUCCAGGACCAGGCCACCGAUCCCCCUAAGAAGAAUUCCACCUGUAGCUCUCUGCACACCAACACCUCAAGUACCAUUGAUUUCUCUGGUAGCAGGCCAUUCCAAGACCUUCCCACUGAUUCCCCUAAGAAGAGUUCUACCUUCAGCAAUUUGUACGGCAGCACACUGGCUAACAUUGACUUCUCUAGUCCGAGGUUAUUCCAGGAUCUGUCUAUCGAUCCUGCCAAACACACUUCUAAGUUCACCAGCCCAGUAAUCAGCACUGACAGGCCAAGAAGUCAAACUGUCAACACUGGAGCCUCCUCAGUGAGUGAGAACUCUCCUUCCUUGUGGGCUUCCAGAAUGGAUACCUUUAUACCUCACAUGAUGUUGUUGACUAGCCGGAAGGGAGGACAGGCAGGAGCUUAUCAGUUCUUUCCUCCACUUAUCCCACUCAGGACUCAAAGUACCAACCAAGGCAGCUCUGAGCCUCCCAGAUAGACAGCUAGCCAGAGUGGCUCCUGAACAAGGCAACAUGAAGAUCAAACAUGGUGACCCCAGGGACACAGGGGUGGCAAGCAGAAGAGAGGGACAACUUCAGCAGCUCCCUCUGCUCCUUUUCCCCCGACGCUCCCUCUCUCCCCCCAAAUAAAAUUAACUAAAAACAGACACACAAAACAACCAAUAGCUCAUAGGCUAUGAAGCCUUUCCACGAACAAGAGCCAAAAGUCUUCUCCGAAGACAUAUCUCAGCUUCAUGGAAGGCCUUUUCCCCUCUGACUUUUCCCAGGGCCAUAUGCUCCAAAAGUCCACCGGAGGAAGAGCCCCCCCGCUCUGGUUUAAAUUCUUCAUCUCUCCAGCCUGUCACCCUGCCUGGGCUAACAAGCCAGCC